AUGAGUGAAGAGUACGAUGCCCUUAUGCGAAAUAAAACAUGGACUCUUGUGCCAUCUAACACUGCUCAAAAUAUUGUAGGUUGCAAAUGGGUGUUUCGCUUGAAACACAAUGCUGAUGGAUCCAUUCAAUGCUUCUUGUUGCCAAACGAUUUCAUCAAUGUCCCGGGAUUGAUUUUCAUGCUACCUUCAGCCCAAGCUUAUUCUAACACAUCCCUCUUUAUCUAUAACUCAUCCACUGCCUUGAUCUAUGUUCUCAUCUAUGUGGAUGAUAUUAUUAUUACUGGGCCAUCAACUUCUCAGAUUCUUGACGUUAUCUCCAAGCUUGGCAGUAGGUUCUCAUUAAAGGAUCUUGGCCCCUUGCACUUUUUCUUAAACAUUGAAGUUGUUCCACUUGACAAUGGUCUUCUUCUCACUCAAAGUAAGUUCAUAGCUGAACUUUUAAGUCGUUUCAACAUGCUGGACACAAAGGGAGUCUCAACACCUAUGUCCUCAACUGAACCACUCUUGCUUAAUGAUGGUUCACCUCCUACAAAUUCCAAGGAAUAUCGACAGGUAAUAGGUGCUCUCCAAUACCUUAAAAACCCCAGACCGGACAUAUCAUUUGCCGUCAACCGGCUUGCCCAGUUUAUGCACCUUCCAUCUAUUAAGCAUUGGCAGGCUGCCAAGCAUCUUCUUCGCUACUUGAAGCAGACAAUAACCCUUGGACUACACAUUAAUCAUUCUGACACAACCAGGCUCACAGCUUACUCUGAUGCUGAUUGGGGUAGUGAUCCAGAUUCUCGUGUCUCCACGUCGGCUUACAUUAUUUUUCAUGGUCGUACACCUAUAAGCUGGAGUUCCAAAAUAUAA